CGCAGUCUGCAGAAGAAGAGACCUGGGGGCAAAAGGAUGGCCUCGGAAGGGGAGAACAUCAAUCUUCAAUAAAUCAACUGCUGACAUUCCACAUGCACAAUUUGAGCACCUGUACACAAAUUGGGUAACCAAAGAUCACGUUGUGCAAAUACACAAAGUACUAGGGCGUGAAUCCUCAUCUCCGGAUUAACGGGCCGAUGAACAUCAAUCACUACGCGACAAAGAAGAGCGUGGCGGAGAGCAUGCUGGAUGUAGCGCUGUUCAUGGCGAACGUCACGCAGCUCAAAGCGGUGCUGGAGCAAGGGUCAUCCUUCCAGUACUACACCACCCUCAUCGUGCUCAUCAGCAUCUCCCUCUUCUUCCAGGUGAUCAUCGGGAUUCUCCUCAUCAUCACUGCUCGUUUGAACCUGAAUGAUGUCGCAAAGCAACCCCGCCUGAAUAUACUCAACAAUGCUGCCACAGCUCUCAUCUUCAUCACUGUCAUCCUCAACAUCUUCAUCACGGCCUUUGGGGUGCAGAAGACCGGCCUCUACCCUACCAGGAAUUUUCGACCUUAUUAAGUCAUGGGACAAUGGAGUCAGCUAAGAAAGGGGAUCUUUUCCCAGCGGACUGGUGGGGAAAGCUCUCCUCUGCAUUUUUACUGACCUCAGCAGCAGCCCGUCAAUGAAACCAGAGAACUGGGUUAAACUUUCAAAACUGCGUGCGUUUCGUGGUAUACCGGCCCCUUACCAUAACCCUUUUGCAGUUCUGAAGGGGUGAAAUCUUCUGUUGCCUUUUGAAGCUACAGCAAACUCUGCUAGAGAAAGCUGCAGGAACAGCAGCAGGUACACAAUUUCAAAGUGCGAUUCUGUAAAUCUCAUCUCAUUUUAGUUGCCUGCUUCACAUAUUCCAGAUUGGCUCAUUUUGUAGAGAAGACUGAACAAUUUACUUUGUAAGCUAAAUAAACAAAAAAAAAGACCAGCUUUUUUGUCUCGAGCAUAAUUUGCUAUACUUAAAGCAAUGCUGUCUGGUAGUUGAUCUCCCAAACAUUGGAAUGGAUUUCUCCAAAUAAAAAAGAUUACAUUCUCAUGGGAGGAUAGGAAAGUGUAUGUAUGUCAAUGUAGCUAAAACCAGUUCAAAUGUUUCCCUAGUUGUUUAAAAAUAAAAUAAAAUGUGAAAUGGUUAAGAAAACAAUCAGAUAUUUCCAGCAUUAAGAAAAUUAACAAUGACGGAAAAUAGAUAUUAUGGUCUGAUAUCAUUGCCGGGGACCUAUCCGUAAUGGUGCCAGAGUAGCCUGACAAUAUUAAGUAGAAAAUGAGGAAACAUUAUACAUAAAAAGACACUCUAGGCUUAUUGCCACAAUGAGAAAUGACAGGUGCAUAGUAUAUUACUUUAUUAAAAAGUCACCAUUAUAAUUUAAGGUGUUAUCAUUAAUAUAAAUGUUUUUAAAUAAUAUAAUUUUUAUAUUGACAAUGCUGGGAAUUCUCUUGUACUAGAACAAUUUGUUUCCUUUAAAAAAAGUCUUUGAAUUAAUGACUUUUCAGAUUUUUUUGGAAAGAGUGAAGAUUUUUGAGACUAAACUUUGUAACCCUGUAGUCAUACUAAAAAUGGGUAUCUUAAUAACCUGGUG